GAUUGUGGCUGCUUUGAGGUUGAGUAACUCGUAUUUCAAUUAAAUAAGUGAAUUUGCGCCAAUUCGAACGUACAAACUAGGCGGAUCGUAGCCUUGAUCUCCACAGAACCUCCGAACUCCUAAAAUUCUAAACUUUAUUAGCUUUUCCAUUGAUCUUUUCCAUAUUCCCAAUGGCCAUGAGAACGAAUAUGCCGUGACCACAGCAGAAAAUAUAUCAUCUCUUGCCCAAAGUAGUCUUCUGCAAUCGGCCAUUUGGUGGAUCUGCUCUCAAACACUGACAAUUUAGCGAUCCAGAGAAGAGCAGCCAUGAAGAUCACGGCACUUGUGGUGAUGAAAGGAAAAUCUAACCCUAAUUCUGGAUCCGCUUCUAGUUCUGGGUCUGAUCCUGUGUUGCUCAGCAGCGCUUCAAAUUUAAGCCAGUUUGGUUAUUUUCAACGCAGCAGCGCCAAGGAAUUUAUCAUGUUCGUAAGCCGUACCAUAGCCAGUAGAACUCUCCCGGGACAGCGUCAAUCCGUGCAGCAAGAAGAUUACUUGGUGCAUUGUUACAAUAAGAAUGGACUAUGUGGGGUUGCAUUCAUGGAUAAUCACUAUCCAGUACGCAGUGCUUUCUCUGUUAUCAACAAGGUAUUGGAUGAGUACCAGCAGAAUUUUGGGGAUUCAUGGAAGGCCAUACAGUCUGAUUCAAAUCAAUCUUGGCCUUACUUGGAAGAAGCUCUGACCAAAUUUCAGGAUCCAGGUGAAGCUGAUAAACUCCUGAAGAUCCAGAGAGACUUGGAUGAAACCAAAAUCAUUCUUCAUAAAACCAUAGACAGUGUGCUUGCAAGGGGGGAAAAACUGGACUCUUUAGUGGAGAAAAGUUCAGAUCUGAGCAUGGCCUCCCAGUUAUUUUACAAGCAAGCAAAGAAAACCAACCAAUGCUGUACAAUAUUGUAAUUUGUGGAUACUCAACUUCUGUCGGAUUUCCUGAAUUUACAUCAAGCUUGCAAGAUAUUUUUUAAGAAUCAACAAUGGAAGUUUUUGUUGUUGAUUGACUAUUGUUGCAUGACAAUUUGCUAAGCAUACAUAAUAUUGCAAUUGUUGAUGGUAGCAAUGGUUACAUCAUUUACAACAUUGCCAACUAUUGAAAACUUGUAAUAAUCCCUAAUUGUGCAACUAUUGUGCAAUUUGUGUUGGUAGUUGAAAAUUUCAAUUACAAUAACUAUAUAAUAUGAUCUUGCUGCGCAUUUAUAUAUGGCAUGCAAAGACAAAUUUAAUAUAUAUUGCAAGAUAUAUAAGAUAUUAU